UUCAAUCCCACAAUCCUUUCCCAUGCGCUGAGAUCACCUGGUGUCCAAGCAGCGAUCGCGGCAGCUCUUGAGGUCUCUCCGCCAUCCGAUCUACAGUUAUCCCCAGUUGUCCGCCACAGUCCUCCGCUCUUUCCUCCUUUAACACCACCAGUAUCGUGGCCAGUUCCGCAUUGGGCCCGCGCUAUGCCUUUUGCACUGCCCCCGAUACGAGUAUUAGCUAAACAACACCAAACCACGCCUGCAGUUACAGAGAUUUUAGAGUCGUAUUCUCCUAUCUCGUCACCGUCACCACCCAGUUCACCUGUUUUAUCGCCAAACGUCUUCCCCGUGGUACCCGAUUCCCCGGAAUCGCCCGCUCCUGAAAACGCCCCGACCAUGCUGUUUCAUACCCAACAACCACUGCAGCAAUAUUCGUCGGGGUUUCUGGGAACUCGCCACCACGCGAUUGAAUCGCAGUUGCUGGACCUUCUGCGACUCAGCACCAGAAUCCUCAACGGACCACCUGAACAUCGGUUGACUGGUGUCCUCAACCUCCGCGACUUAAUUACGGAUUACGCCUACAUUCACCAUCGGACCGCAGCAUUUUACCACACGAUGCCAUACACUACCAGAGAGCACUACACGGAGAACGCAUCCGCCUCUUUACACAACUGCUAA